AUGCAGUCAGCCCUCAUUCGCCCCGUUCUCCGACCCGUGACCUCCUCAAUACUUCUGCGCUCAUUCUCAGCAGCUCCUACCCUCAUGGGGGCCGGCGACACCGGAGCUCCCAAGCCGCGGGGAUUCCUAGCUGAGUCCGUGCGAGACUCCCAGUGUGACGUCAUCACAUCUAACUCUCCCCACAGGAAGGAUCAGUUUACACGCCGCGAGGCCGCUGAAGAGGCUAUGUACAUUCGGAAGCAAGAGGUGGAAAAACUCGACACACUUCGGAAGAAGAUGAAGGAGCAGCAGAAGCAUCUCAAUGAGCUGGAUAAGCACAUUGAGGAGUUCACCAAGGGCCAAGGCGGCGAGCAGAAUUAA